UGUCCUGACCGACGGUUGUGUGGCGGACCAAAAAAAAGGACCAACUCGGGCUGAAACCAAGAAAUAAUUUCAAUCCGAACCAAUUUCAGUUCGAAAUAGGUACUUUUUCCAAAGUGUCUAAAACAGUUAACAUUUUUUCUUUAUUUUUGAAUGUGUCUCACGAAAAUAAUCACAAUUUAUCGCUUCAAUAUAAACCAACUAUAGGAAAAACUAAUUUUCAAAACAGAUUUAAAGUGCAAGCGAAAGCGAAACCGUUUGAAAAAUUGUUUUUUCGUGCCAAAGUUUUUCCACGUGUUUUGUUCCAGUUUCUCGUUAUAUAUUUUUUUUAAGUUUUCCGCUGUCCAGCGACUCUAAGAAAUCAAAUCAGAUACGAUUCUCAUUUGGAGUUCUGGAAUCACGGAUCUCGAAUUAGAAGGGCGAUAUAACUCAGGGAAAUGCAAAUGCCGAGGUGGGCGUGGCCGGGGGCGUGCCGAAACAAACAAUAGAAAGACAGCCAAUUAAAAAACGCCCCUAAAGAAUUGACAAAAAAAAAACACAUAGAGAAGGUACUACAGUACUUAUACUAUAAAGUACUUAUAUACGAAAAGAAUCUCUGCCAAGAUGGCUGGCCAUCGGUCGAUGGCUCUUUUGUUGGCCAUCUUAAUUAGCAGUUGGGCAAAAGCCUCCUUGGCAGCCACCGGAAAUGGUAGUAUUAUGACCGUUAGCAACAGUAGUGGCAACAAUUAUGGACUCACCUCGGAGCACUCAGACCACAGCGCCAACGACUCGAUGGAGUACGAUGCGGAGAGUGUGGCCCUCGAACGCAUUGUGUCGACGAUAGUUCCUGUCUUCUUCGGCAUUAUCGGCUUUGCUGGGCUCCUGGGCAAUGGACUGGUCAUACUGGUGGUUGUGGCCAACCAGCAGAUGCGCUCGACCACCAACCUGCUGAUCAUCAACCUGGCCGUCUCCGACAUCCUGUUUGUCAUCUUCUGCGUCCCGUUCACGGCCACCGAUUACGUGCUGCCCGAGUGGCCGUUUGGCAAUGUGUGGUGCAAGUUUGUCCAGUACAUGAUUGUGGUUACGUGCCACUGCAGUGUUUACACGCUGGUCCUGAUGUCCUUUGAUCGCUUCCUGGCCGUCGUUCAUCCCGUGACGAGCAUGUCCUUGCGAACCGAGCGCAAUGCCACACUGGCCAUCAUGUGCGCCUGGAUAACGAUUGUGACGACUGCGAUUCCGGUGGCACUUUCGCACUCGGUGAGAAUUUAUCAGUACCAAGGAAAUGCCGGCACCGCUUGCGUCUUCUCCACUGAGGAGGAGGUCUGGAGUCUUGUCGGCUUUCAGGUCUCAUUCUUUUUAUCAUCCUAUGUGGCUCCGUUGACGCUGAUUUGCUUCCUUUACAUGGGAAUGCUGGCUCGUCUGUGGAAAAGUGCUCCCGGCUGCAAGCCUUCCGCAGAGUCACGGAAGGGAAAGCGACGCGUCACCCGAAUGGUUGUUGUUGUCGUUUUGGCAUUUGCAAUUUGCUGGCUGCCCAUUCAUGUCAUCCUUGUGCUGAAGGCGCUGAAUCUUUACGGCGGCAGUCACUCAUCGGUCAUCAUCCAGAUUAUUUCCCAUGUGGUGGCCUACACAAACUCCUGCAUCAAUCCCAUACUCUAUGCCUUCCUGUCCGACAACUUUCGCAAGGCAUUCCGCAAGGUGGUUUGGUGUGGCAGCCCACCGCCGCUGAUGACCAAUCAACAGGUGACCAAGACCACGCGAACUGCAACCGGCAACGGAACGUCCAAUAUUGAAAUGCUAUAAGCGGUUCUUGAGCAUGAGUUCGUCACAUCAUUUUUGAAGGCGAUUUUUAAACUCGAAACAGAAAAUGUGAAUUUAAAGCUAACAAAUAAUACAAAGAUAUAAAGUUAAAAUAAAAACGCGGCGCAUAUAAGUUAACUAUAAACAUAUACUAUCCAAAUAUAUGUCUAUAAGGAGAAUACAAUUUUCCGAAUUAUGAAAUGUGAUUGUUUUUUAAAAUUUCAAGAUGCACUAUGUCUUUAAUUUUUGUUUGCUUGAUUUCAUUGAUUUUUUUUUUUAAAUUAUAGACGCCGUGUUAAUUAUGUUGAAGACCUAGAAAAUAAAACAAAAAAAUUAAUAGAUUUAGGAAAUUAACUUAAAAUUUAAUUUUAUAAAAAAGAAAGCUUACAAUCCAAUUGUUCGAAAUCAAAUUUUGCAUCUAAAAUAUGGAAAAGAUGGGCAAGCAAAACAAUUUAAAACAGAUAUGCUGUAAAUUCCAUUUGACAGAAAUUGAUGAGAAAUGAAGGUAAAAACUAAUUAAUAAAAAUAAAGGGCAGAGGAAUUCGUGUAACAAUGUGUAGAUUUCUGUGUAAUUUGCAUGUGUGUCAUUCAAUUGUACGGCGCGCUUAACAGCAGAAAUGAAUAUAAUUAACAAAUAAAAAACCAACAGCAAAGGUGUAAUAAAAGUACAUGACCAGAUUGAACAAAACGGAUUUGCAGUUGGAAUGUUUUAAUUAAAUUGAAAUAUUUUUUAAAGCUUAUAAUUUUCAGCAUUCCUCUGUUAAAAUAUAAGUGAAAUUUGUAUAACAAUUAAGACAAAAAUAUAUAUUAACAGAGCUAAAACUCUGGAUGCAGGUACGUUUAGUAAUGCAUUAUCGAUUUAAGUGCUAAAUAAGAUUCAGAUACUAGCAAAGCUCAAUUAAUUAUGAAUGGCACUUACACGUUUAAGCCCCUAUAAUCUCGUCAUCCCUUUUCUUUAUGCAAAUUCAUUCAAUAAGCCAAGGGAUUUAAUUAGUCAAUAAAGCGUGUAAAACAAAACGCAGACGCAUAGAACGUUUUCAAUCCUUUGAAUUGAAUAAACAUUAGCCAUAAGUCACCCAAAAGCCCCUCCAUGCUCUAUUUAACUUAAUAAAUUCAUAAAUUAGCCAGUUGUUUGCCAUGCGAAAUGUUUUAGUUAUGUCAUAAGUUAAUCAUGUAAAUUAAAAACUAAAUAUACAUUACAAUAUUUAUAAACAUUUGACUAUUAGAUAAGGCAAAUCGUUUAAAUAUUUAUAUUUUUUCGUUGACACUUUGUUUGCAUGGCUUCGGCCUUGCCGAAUUAAGGUGUAACCAAAAAAAAAGUGCAUAGAUAAAUUAUACUAGAUGGCAUUAACAAUAUACGAAUAUGGGAGUAAGUGAUUCUAGGCAAAAUCGUUUUUUUUUGUGCAAUAUGAUGCAAUUGAUAAAAAAUUUUGAUAGGUUUGGCCAAAAAAACUAAACAACUCCGUUAACAAAGUUACAAAAUGAAUGGUAACCAAAACAUUAAUGGUAAAUUAAUGCUUAGAAAUAACUAUACGAUGUUUUUUAAGAAAAUUGAAAAUAAAAUUCGGAAUGUCUAUAAAUUUGUCACACUUUCCAAGAACACAUGCUCCCUUCUCAGAACACUUUUGUAUUAUGUAGUGUAUUUAAGCUAAAUAAACUAUUGUAUCUAUAUAUCAACUGAAUAUAUAUAUAGUAACAUAAAUGCCUAUUUAUGUAUUUAUAUUUAUAUUUGUAUUUGUAAAUGUAUUCUACUGCAUUCCUAGCACAGUUGUGGAAUUGAACAAUAUUUGAAUUUAGAAAAGGAAACAACCGAAAAAAGAAAGUCAAAAUUGAACAGAGGAAAAAGUUUAAAUAUUCUAGAACUUAAGCUAAAAACUAAACAAGUAUUUUUUUUUGUGUGCCCUGUAGGGUAUUUGCUAGCCGCCUAGUCUCACAAAAAAUUGAAACAAAACUAGCGAAUAAAAAUGGCAUUAUAAAAUGUACUCAUAAAUUUUGUAUUUUCAGUUAUGCAGCAAAAUAGUUAAAAUAGCGUAAGUUGAAAACCAGAACUCAUUGUAUUUGUAUAUGAAUGUAUAUGUACAAUAAAAUUUGUUCAUUGUGUUAAAU